AUGGGGACUGUGACACUGGAAUUGUCCCUGCUGACUGUGGCUCUCCUCCUGUGCCCAGCCACUGCCAUGCUGCGUAUCGGUGCCUUCAACAUCCAAUCCUUCGGUGACACCAAGAUGUCCAACAAGGAAGUGGCAGAGAUCAUCAUCAAUGUGCUGCGCCGCUACGACGUGGUGCUGGUGCAGGAGGUGCGCGACUCCGACCUCAGCGCCGUCACCCAGCUCAUGGAGCAGCUCAACAGUGCAUCCACAUCCCAGUAUGACUACGAGAUCAGUGGCCCCCUGGGACGGGAGAACUACAAGGAGAUGUACCUGUUUAUCUACAGGACAGAUGUUGUGUCUGUGGUGGACACCUACCAAUAUGAGGACCCCCAGGAUGUCUUCAGCAGGGAGCCAUUCAUCCUGAGGGUGUCAGCACCCAGCACCAAGGUGAAGGAGUUUGUGCUGGUGCCCCUGCACUCGGCCCCACACGAUGCUGUCGCUGAGAUUGAUGCGCUCUACGACGUCUACCUGGCCAUCAUCAACAAGUGGGGGACUGAUAACAUGAUGUUCCUGGGGGACUUCAACGCCGACUGCUCCUACGUGCAGCCCGGUGACUGGCCGUCCAUCCGCCUGCGCACCAGCGACAUCUUCAAAUGGCUGAUCCCCGACAGCGCCGACACCACCGUGGGCAAGUCAGACUGUGCCUAUGACAGGAUCGUGGUGUGUGGCAGCAAGCUGAAGAGAAGCGUCCUGUCCAACUCAGCUGGUAUCUACAACUUCCAGCGUGCUUUCCAGCUGGACCAGGAGCAGGCCCUGGCAGUCAGUGACCACUACCCAGUCGAGGUGAAGCUGGCAGCCUGAGCUCCUCCUGCAGCCACAGACCAGGAUCCAGCUCCAGCUCCCACCAGCAAUCCCCAUGAAGGUGUUCCACUCGGCCCCAUCCACAAGUCCUGUGCAUGGGCUGCCCCAGAUCCCAGUCUGGAGAAGACUGCCAUGAACCAGAGCCUGGGUCAGGCCAGCAGCCAGCACACUGUGACCACA